AUGUGUGCGAGCACGGUCAUAGCGAGGUGUGGACGAACCUUUUGGAGCGGCCGCCCUCUUAUCCUGCCUCUUCCCUCGACGACGUUCCACGCGGGCCAGUCUGCGUGGGAUUGCGGCCACAAGUACCCAACGCGACCUAGCUCCCACCUGCUGCUCGCCGUCGCGCCCCAACUGCUGGACUUCCUCUCCGCCACUCCGCGGCUCUCCGUCCUUCACGGCUUCUUCCUCUUGAUUCCCAACGCACGGGAAAAGACGUUCCCCUCGACGUCCCUCCCGACCGUCCAUCUUCCCGCCGAGUACACCGCAGGGCGCGUCUUCAGACGAGCGUCCUCGCAUCUGGAAGGAGUGGACGAGCAUGCUGCCCAAGAUUGGAGAUUACGCAGAGCGACGGCCCGCGGAACCGAGGGCGCUCUCCCCAUUUUCUACAACCCGAUGCAAGCUUCAACCGGGACGGACGAUGUGGUUGAUCUAUUCGACCUGUUGGACAUCGGGAGUUUGUCCGCGGACCGCCUCUCCGAGCUUGUGUUCUUCUUUCGAAGUGUUAGAGAUGGUACACCAUCUCGUCUUCGGAGCAGCGUCCCGGCGACGACCAAAGAACACGCCGGCCGCCUCACCCUCCUCAACAUCCACGGCGCGACCAUUACGCGGGACCUCUGCCUGGUUGUGCUUCUCACCUAA